AUGCAGCCGGAUACCAAUCUUCUUUUCCCUGGAACGCUUACUAUCUCUGCUGAUCAUCAAGAAGUUCUUACCCCAGUGGCGGAUAGCGACCAUGCCGUGGGCUGUGGGCAUCCGAGGUUUAUUCCCGCUGCCAAACAAUUCUUACGUGAUUAUAAACCGGACUUGGUCUUGUUUAUAAAAGCACCUGUUAGUGGUCGUAGAGUGUAUUCAGUUAUUGCUUCUCUAGGCUUCCCUAAUUCUCACCAUAUUGAAGCUGUGGGGUUCUCAGGUGGGAUUUGGAUAACUUGGUACGCAUCUAUCUCUGUGGAAGUUAUCCUCAAUCAUUAUCAAUUUGUGCAUUGUCGUAUCACUAGUAAGCUGAGCAAGAAUAUUAUUUAUGCUACUGUUGUUUAUGCGAGUCUUUCAGCGUCAGGUCGUAAGCUUUUAUGGCCUCAUUUGCGCCACAUUGAUGCUUCCAUUCGGUCUCCUUGGAUUCUUUUUGGAGACUUUAAUGCUACGGUUUUUGACUUGGCUAGAAAGGGUUGUGCUGCUUCAACCACCUCGAGUCGUGCUUUCCAAAAUCUUAUCUUUGAUCAUGGCUUGAGAGAUAUGGGUUAUCAGGAUCCAGACUUCACGUGGACUAGAGGAUUUGCUCAUGCUCGCCUUGAUCGCUUCAUCUGCAACUCUUAUUGGGAUGAAAAUUAUCUGGAUUCUGAAGUCCAACAUCUUCUUCGUUUUCGGUCCGAUCAUGCCGAUUCUCUUACAAGUGGGACACUCUCCGAGAAGGAAUUCUUCUAG